UCGUAAAUAGUAGAAAAGAUUGCAGUAUAGAUAAUUAAUGAAAGGAGCUCGGAAAAAAAGAAAUGAUCAUUUGCAAAUGAAGCUUAACAUGAGCAAUUGUAAAGUAACCUUAAGAUUGGAACACAUUGGAAAAGGAUCUGAGAAUUUGGACCAUUCUUGUGUGGUUAUAAAGUAAAUAAGGAUGGAGUAGUAGUAAGAGGAAAAGAAAUAUAACGUAUGCACGUGUAACAUUAAAUAGAAAUUUUGAUCUCACUUUAAACAAUUCCUAAACUUUUACAAAAAUGGCACGAAUUUUAAACGAAGUGAUUGCUACGUCGAUGAUUCACUCGCAAGAUAUGGUGGUAAACGGAACGACGACUGGUGUACGAUGACGACUUUAAUAAGAAAGAAAUGCAUAGUGCAUCGUGAAAUCUAAUAAUUGAUUAAUACAUUUCACAACGAUUAAUUUAUUUCCAAUAGUAUUUGUAUUUUCCACGGUGAACUUUGAAUGCGUACCAAAAGUACGCUUACAAUUUUCAUAAUAUGAAAUUGACACGAUGAAGGUAACUGUGUGUUUCGAAAACGUUAGAGUGGUAGUUCCAUGUGGAGACGGAACGCUACUUGUUAAAGAUUUGAUGCACGAAGCUAUAUUGAGAUAUAAAAAGGCAACAGGAAAGAAUGACAGUGGUAUUACCAUUAAUAGUUUGUCUACAUUGACCGGUGGUGGACUUCUUGAUCCUGAUGAUAGGUUAUGCGAUGUUGCUGACGAUAGAGAACAAAUUGUUGCCCAUUUUACAAGUAACGAUGUCAUUCAUGCCGGCGGAGAUGGAGCAAGUUCGGUUGGUACCAAUAGUCCAGAUUUUUUUCAUUCCGAUGGUAAAGACCAACCAUAUAUGAUCGAUACACAUGCAUCUAUAUCCAGCAGUAGUAUCAAAAGAGAAGGCAUCAAAAGAUUAUCUAUGCAUGCUCUUUCAAAUAGAGAACCAAAUUUAACAACAUAUUCGGCUCAAUCAUUACCUAGAGAAUCUCGACGUAGAGAACCAUUAGGACAGGAUGCCAAAGCUUGUUAUGAUUUUUCAAAUACCAAUGUAGAAUCUUUAGAUCAAGGAGAAAUUCGUGAAAUUGUGAUAAAAAAUGAAGCCGGACCAUUGGGACUUCAUGUAGUUCCAUGUUAUGAUCUUUUAGGUAAUGAUCAAGGUCUUAGAGUGGAGGGCAUUGAACCUAAUGGACGUAUAGCACGGGAUGGUCAAAUUGAUCUACAUGAUAAAAUUAUUAAAAUAAAUGGCCAUAAUUUGUUACACAUACCAUUUUCCAAAGUCCAAGAUAUCUUUAGAACCUGUAUGACUGAAAAAUGUUUAAAGAUAUCGAUUGUAAAGCAUAAAAAAUCACACAACGAAAAGUCCAUUCGUAAAAAUCAUAUUAAUAUUAAUGAGACCACUGAGAAAUCUGAAAACGAGGACAAUGUCAAAAGGCUCCAAUGUAGCAAUUAUAAUAUAUUGCAAACUGCGAAUACUAGAAAGAUUGGCCGUAUGAUAGAAAUAGAAUUAACUAAAGGAAAUAAUGGAUUGGGCUUUAGCGUUACCACACGUGAUAAUCCUGCUGGUGGUCAUUGUCCAAUUUAUAUAAAAAAUAUCUUACCAAUGGGUGCUGCAGUUGAAGAUGGUAGAUUAAGGCCUGGCGAUAGAUUAUUAGAAGUAAAUAAAAAAGAAAUGACUGGUAAAAGCCAAGCAGAAGUUGUUUCUUUGUUGAGAAGUAUACCGGCUGGUGGUAAAGUUCGAUUGGUUGUAUCGCGUCAAGAGGAAGUCACAUCGAAUAGCUUAGAUUCGCAUUGUCAAACAUCAUCCAUUAAUCAACCAUUAGAAGUAAUAGAAGGUUCGAAAUAUUGGAACGCAUUGGAUAGAUCUCCGACAAAUAAAAAUAAUGAUUUUCAAGAAAAAUUAAAUGUACACGAUUAUGAAAAAUGUACAUUUAAAACAGUCAAACCUUCUGAGGAUAUUGUAUUGUCACCACGUAAAAAUCGUAUGAUAUUAACAUUAGACAUUCCAGUACAUGAUUCCGAAAAAGCUGGCUUAGGUGUCAGUGUAAAAGGGAAAACAAGUAGUACAGAUGACAAUACUAAUAUGGAUUUAGGAAUUUUUAUCAAAAGUGUACUUCAUGGUGGUGCAGCCUCAAGGGAUGGCCGUUUACGUACUAACGAUCAAUUGCUUAAUGUUAAUGGUGUAUCACUUUUGGGAUUAUCAAAUUCUGAUGCAAUGGAAACUUUAAGAAGAGCAAUGCUUAAUACAAACAGUUCUGUUACUGGUGUCAUUACACUUACAAUUGCCAGACGUUUAUCAUCAUACGACGCUAAUGACAAAAAUAUUAUUGAGAAUAUGUCUUCUCAUUGUAAAAUAGAAUCUUCUAAUACCAUAUACAUUUCAGAUUCCACAAAAGUUAAUGAUGGUAGAGUCAAAGAGAAAAACAAUUUAAAUUCACAAUCUGAAACAUUGGAUAAUGCAGGAUUAUUAUCUUGUGUAACAGCUUCUCCAUGGAAUCCUGUUAUUGACAGAUUAACGGAACAAUAUAAUAAAAAUAGUUUAAGGAAUGAGAGUUAUUGUAUUGCCACUAAUAAAACCUGGAUAGAACCGGUUACCGUGAGCAAUGUUAAAAAAAUAACUAUAGGACCGAGAGAAGAUCGCGUUGAGUCAGUAUUGUUAGAAGAGUCAAAUAAUGAAUGUUCUCAGUCUGUUGAAACGAAGAAAAAUCUAGAUGAUAAAGAUAGUCAAUAUUCUGGCGAUCCAACGUACGAUAGUCAAUUAUCUUUAGAAGAAUUUAAUUCUUCGUCGAAUAAAUUUUCACGUGACGCUUUGGGUAGGCAAAGUAUGUCAGAGAAAAGGCAUGCCGCGCUUGAUGCAAAAAAUACGGAUACCUAUAAAAGGAAUAAAAAGUUACGAGAAGGUAGAGAAAAUAAAAAUGUAGAACAACAAAAUAAUCAAUCCGCGGAGACGGAUGAUUGUUUAAGAAAGGAAUGUAAAAUUGAUAAUUAUGAAAAAAGUGGGAUUAAAGUAACAGUACCAGAGAGUACUACAUGUGAUAAUAAUACAAAAGUUUAUGAUAAAAAAUCAUUAGAUCCAACACAAUCUGAAUAUGUUUAUACUAUUCCUGGAUGUAAUAAUAAAUAUACUUCACCAAGAAAGCAUUGGCUAGUAGAUGAUGUACAUGGAGAGAUAUCGAGUACUAAUCAUUUUAAAGAUGACCAUGAAGGAUUUUCAAAUAGUCGUGGUGAUGUAAAACAAGCAUCACUCAAUUCAGCUUUGGAUGAUCGAUAUAAACGUUCUAGAAAGAAAGGCGGUAUUCGUUCAAUGUUGAGACUUGGAAAGAAUAGAAAGUCACUUAAUUUUGGUGACAGUAUAGAAGGUCGUCACGAGAGCAGUAAUUAUUGUAGUGGAACAAUUAAUUAUAUCGCAUAAUACUAAAGACAAAUGUUUCAGAUAUCAAUACCAAAUCAACUUUUUCUACAGCAAAAGCGUUUCAGAGGCAAAAUAAACAUACAAAAGCCUAAACCACCGCAUUAUACUAAAGCACUUUUUCAAGAAUUUCUUUCACCGUUUUAUGAAAAUCCAAAGAAAGAUAAAACUUUAUCAGAUUUAUGUACCAAAA